UAUUCCAUUCGUAGACCGCAUCGUUAACUCAUUUCGUGUGAUACGCAGGGGCGGCUUACAUUUCUGUUCUUCACAAAACAGAUUUUCGACAGUUACUGGUUUAUUGCAUUAUUUUCACUUACUAGAAACUUUAUUAUCAACGAUGCACAUUCUGACAAGUUUAUUGUUUGUUUGGAUGACCGGAUGUCUCGUGAAACCAGGUUUCACAGAGGAAGUUUGCUAUGGUGAUAUCGGUUGUUUUACUGACGAGGCACCAUUUGAUGUGUUCUUUCGUUUCCCGCCCAUGUCACCCGAGUACAUUAAUACUGAAUUCCUACUGUAUACCCGACUCAACCCCAGCUUGUAUAUGAAGGUUGACCGAACCGACCCAGCAUCUGUAGAAUAUUCCACGUUCAGCCCGAGACGACGCACAGUGUUCAUCAUUCACGGGUUCACAGAGAAAGGCUCGCGAGCUGAAUGGAUGAAGGAAAUGAAAGAUACACUGUUGGAAGCGGAGAACCUGAACGUAUUCCUUGUAGAUUGGGCAUCGGGUUCCAGGAACCUAUACACGCAGUCAGUUCAGAACACCAGGGUAGUUGGUAGAGUCAUUGCCAAAUUCAUUCAAUUCUUGAACACGGAGACUGGAGCAAGCUUCGACCAAAUUCAUCUGAUUGGUCACAGUUUAGGAGCGCAUAUCUCCGGCUACGCCGGAGCCUACCAGCCCGGUAUUGCAAGAAUCACAGGGCUUGAUCCCGCAGGGCCAAACUUUAGGGACAACGACCCGGCUUGUCGACUUGAUCCAACAGACGCCAUCUUUGUUGACAACAUUCACUCUGAUGGAGAGACAUUACUCGAGCUUGGUAUGGGUCUGCAACAACCGCUCGGAGACGUUGAUUUCUACCCAAAUGGCGGCAAGGAACAGCCGGGUUGUCCCAAGACAGUUAGUGACAAAUUGGAUGAUACCGAGUCAGAGUUGAAAUGCAGUCAUUUCAGAGCCGUUUACUAUUUCACUGAAAGCAUCCAGACAACUCAGUGCCAAUUCGCUUCCUACCCCUGUAGCAGUUGGGACGAAUUCUUAAACGGGCAGUGUUCGGAUUGCGGAGCGUUGGGAUGUCCGUCUAUGGGUUAUCGUGCCGACAGCACGUUGGCACGGGGAAAGUUUUACUUGCAGACAGCCAGUCAGGAACCAUAUUGCCAAGACAAGUAAAAUCAGAUCCUCAUAUUCAGAGUGCUUUAUAAAGAGUGCUCUUUGAAGAUGGUUAUUUUCAUCUAACAAAAUGUUUUAUUUUGCUUUUUUAAAACUUGCUUUGAACAAUUCUGAAUUGAUAGCGAAAUGGUUGCACUGAGUAUUGAUUAGACAUUGAUAUAUUUAAUGGACUUAAUGUAGGCUGGGCUUCUUUGACUUAAAAAUAACACCCAUGCAUUGAAUAAUCCUUUGACAAAAUCAACUUUUUCAACAAGUUCAAAUUGGUUUAGAGGUUGACCAUCUUCCUCAUAAAUCACCCCAAAUGUAUAUGCUUCUGAAUCCACCUCUUUGUGUCCAAGGGUUUAUAUCUUUUUAUUAAGUGUCACUGUUAGCCAUUGAGUUCACCGUGCUUUACCCUGACUAUGCCGGGGUCCCUCUGGUCACAACACCCCAUGAGAGUAAUCCAUCAUCCUCAAUCCGCGGUCAAUUUCAUUCUUGGUGCUGGAGUGAGAGGAAUGGGCGUCUCGGUGUUUAUCAUUCAGAGACGUGCCGACAGACAGAUCGGCAAUGGGUGUGCAUCAAUCAUAGCUGAUGACUUCCAGACUGUACUGCAUGUUUAUAUGGUUUUGUCUGUGGUAGGAUAGAGGAGGGCUGCUCCUUUACCACACGGAAUCCUUUGAAGAUGGAAGGGGAGGGAGUAAAGUUGUUCAUCUUCCUCGUGUUCCAUUUAUCUCAACUUGCCAAGUGCGUGCCAGCCUGCCUCAUGCAGCCAAUUAUGUGGUCAGGCACGAGUCCCCAAUGAUUAGGAUUGUGCUCAAAUUAACUUACGCUGGAGAAUGUGUAACACAUCGUUUGGCCGCCCCUUUUCUACAGCGCACUUGUACGCGAAAGCGAUCCAGUUUAAGUACUAUUAAAAUCCAUUUGAUAAUUUGCUGUACAUGUACUUAUUUUCAUGGAAACUUUAAUCAUCUUGGUUGAAACUAAAUAAUUUUAACAGCCAGUUAAUUUCCAAUUGAAUUAAUGUAUUAGGCCUAAUUUGUUUUAAAAAUCCAUGUUUCGAUUUGUUUCUCGUCUAGAUCAUAGAUGACAGUCAAAGCAAAUGUUACAGAAAGGUUUCACUGAAACUAAGAGAAGUUUCCUUCAAUAAAGCUUUCAACGGCAACCCUUAGCAAUACAGUCUCUUCAUCUUUUCCACUUCCUGUAUUUUUUUACAACUGUAGUCGCGCCUUAAACAUUUAAUAAAAAUAUUUCAAC